AUGGCGGGCUCCAGUAACUCCAAUCAAACCAAUGCUCAACUGAAUGCCGGUGAAGGGCUUCCCAUUGUACCACCAGAAUCGCCUGAAUAUGCACAAGCCGAAUCACUCCUUUCUUCUUUGGGUUUAGAGGAAUUGCAGAAGUUAAGAAUUGAUGUCCAGGAUGAGAUCGAUCAUCAAAUUCGAGAGCAAAUACCACCAAGGUAUGAGAGUGCAACAGAGAGUGAUUCUGAGGCCUCUGAAGGGUUUCAGUAUAAUGUGGAAGAAAUAGACACCAAUGACCUUGAUUCUGAUGCUGCAGAAGACAAGCACAAAAUGGAGGCUUAUCAUGAAGGGAAGUUGAAGAGAAGGUUUGAAUAUGAGCUUGACAAUCCCAAGAUCUUUAGACGCACCAUGAAUGAAGGCGAGUCAAGCAGUGUGAAUGUGAGGAUGUUAAUUGCCAAGUCCGAUGAAGAUGAUACUGAUGAAGAGGGUAGUGGGGGUAGCAGUGAGGAUACAUCAUCUUCCAGUGAGACUUCGCCUGCACCAUCUGACAGUGAUGAUAGCGAGUUUUAUGAGGAAGAAGGUUGGGGUACUGAUGAAGAGGAUUUAUGGUAA